AUUUAAUAGUAAGCGUAGGCAUUUAUAUAGAUUGAGUGUUUAAGACGAUAUAGUUCUUGUUGUUCUUGGUGGUUGGUAAUGAUGAUGACGACGAAGAUGAUCGCAAAAUGAAUAUAUACAUGCAUAGUAUGAAAUGUAUUGUGCAUCAUUCAAGGUUUUUGUGCUAUGUAUAUAGGAUUACAUGUAUUCUCCACCCCCCUCCUAGUAAUCAUUAUUACAAACUUUGGUAUCCAUGUGUGUGUUUUUUUUGUUGGUGAUAAUCUAUGGGGUUAUUUUUGUUCGUUUAAUCACAGGUAUUUUUCUGUACUAAAAGCAAAGGAUAUGGAGUAAAGGUUUUAUUAUAAACAUAAUGAUUUCACUAAUAUUCAUUGACUGUGUUAAUGAAAACGGUUGGUAAAUCAACUCAAGAUACACAAUUAUUAUCACACACACACACACAAACACAAACACAGAGAUACGUUUACUCAAAGGGACAUGGAUACUAGUUACUCAAGUAUUUUUUCUGAUUUUGAUUUAAUCUAAUCAAUACUACUAAUAUAACUAUAAGUAAUAUAUUAUAACUCACAGGAUAUACAAGUUAUAUAUAAAAGAUCUGAUUAAGAACUUGAUUGGAUUUAUAUUGAAAUGAAUUCAAAUGGAUGACAUACAUGACAUCAAAAUGUUAAGAUAAAAGAUUUAUUGAAGAAAGUUAAAUGGCUAUACCAGUUACAUUCCAAUCAUUACAUGAAACAACUAAUUCAGGAUUAAUGAUACAUUCAUGUGAUAUACAUGAUACAUUUGAUGCUCAUAUUCCAUCAAUACCCUCUAAUCAUCAUUAUUAUCAUGAUGUAGGACAUAUUGAUGGAUCAGAUAGUAUGAAUACAAAUGGGUUAUUUCCUGAAUGGUCUUUGAAAUUAUCAUCUAAACAAGAUGUUUACGUGAAAAGUAACUCCGAAGAUACAACAAACUAUACUGAUCCUCUAUUUCUUGGUACAAACUUAGAGCUUAACUAUCCUAAACUUUCUUAUUCUACAGAAUGUAAUUCAGAACAAGAAACCAGCUCAUCUUUAUUACCUGAUUGUUUAUCUAAAGGUUUAAGUGAGUUAGUUAAUAAACUAAAUAAUGAUAAUACAGAUCAUGGUAUACAUAAUCAAUCUGAAUGUUAUGAAUCUAAUGAAUUAUCCAAUUGUCUAACUACCAUUCCUUCAACAUUGAAUAUUUUUACAUCAUUUAGUAAUUCUGAAGUAAACAAUAAAGUAAACUCCUUGAAUUCAUCUAACUGUUAUUCUAGUCUAAGUCAUAGAUCUCAUUCCGAUCAUUUAUAUAGUCCAAUAUUAACAAAAUACAAUGAUCAUACAUCAAGUCAUUCAUCAAAUCUCACCAAUGAAUCAUUGAAUAUAUCAAAAAUGUUUAAUUUAGAUCAUUAUGAAACAAUGAAACCAUCAUUUAAUGAUAAAGAUUUGAUUCAUGAAAGAACUCUUCAGCUACAGACAUCAUUUGAAAAAGUGAAAAAUUUCACAACUAACAAAAAACUUUUACAUAAUGAUGAAUAUACAGAACCUUCAAUUAGUUUAUCAGCUGAAGAGAUUGUUAAAAAGCAUAUUAUCAAUUCUUAUACAAAUAAAAAUGAUGAACAAGAUAAAAGUGUUUCGUCUUUGAAUUAUCCAUCCUCUUCAAUUGUUUCAUAUGAUCAUCUUACAACCACUCUAUUGAAUCAUACAUCAUGGAUUCAUAAAGAUGAACAUUUGAAAGGUAUUCAUCAUGAUAUUUCUUCUUCUUCUACUUCUUCUUCUAGUUUUAAAAGAAAUCAAUCAUUAUCCACUAUGAAACAAUCACGUUUAAAACGUAAAAUUGAUGAUCCUUAUUCAUCUUAUACAAUUAAUCAUGGAACUAAAGACCCCUGUCGACAAUUUUCAGAUAUGAAUCAUAAUGUUAUUCAAGAAGGUAAACAUAGUAUUACUGAUACUACUAUUAAACCAUAUACAUUACAUAAUACUACUCAUAAUAAUGGAUUACAAUCUAUCCAUGAAUCAUAUUUUAUAGAUUUUACUCAUGAUCAUCCAUUGAAUCAAUCAGAUCAUUUAUGUAUUAAAGAAAUUGAACAAAAAAUUAAAUGUUCAUUACCAUGUUGUUUACCAUAUUUAAAUGAGAUGACAUAUAAUACACCAAUGAAUUGUAUAGAGACCCCUUCUAUCAUCAAUAAUCAAUCAUCUUAUCUAUCACAUAGAUCUAUUCCAUUAGAUGAUUGGGAUAAAACAAUCGAAAAAUCAACAUUGAAUUAUGAUAUAUCAUCUUCAUCUAUGAAUCAUUUAGAUAGAAAUGAAUCUAAUCAUAAUAAUGAUUAUGCAAUAUAUACUACUCAUGAACCAUUGAAUUUCACUCCUUCAUUUGAUUAUUAUAUUCAUCCAAUGGCACAGAGAUAUUCAUCAACCUGUUCAAAUGAUGAAUAUCAUAAUAGUAAUAAUAGUAAUUGUGAUAAUAAAUCGAUUAUAAGUAGUACUUUUAAUCAAGAAUCCCAACAAACAUGCCAUAGAAAUAAUACUACUACUACUAAUAAUAAUAAUAGUAGUAGUACAUUAGAUUAUUUAAAUAUCAAUCCUUUAACUUAUUUCUCAUCUAAUCUAUUUCCUUCAACAGAUAUAAAUGAUAAAUUUAAAAUGAACUCUUCUCAUUUAACAGCUAAACAAGCUUUUCUUAUCAGAAAUUAUCUCCAUGGUGAUAAUCAUAAAAAUUUUACAAAAAUUACUCAGAUUCAUGAUGAAUUAUUUAAUAUGAGUAAUAUAAGUAGUAGUAGUAGUAGUACAAUCAUGACAACAAAUGAAGAUACUACUACUACUACUACUACUACUCAUACUACUAAUAAUGAUCCAUCCAUUCAUUCAAUAUUGAAUAAUGAAACUAUACUACCUAUUGAACAUAAUAGUAAUAAUAAUACUAUGAAUACUAAUAAUAGUAAUAUUACUAAUAGUAAUGGUAAUAGUAAUAAUAUGAAUAAUGAUUUGUGCCUGAAUGAGUUUGAUAAUUUCCUACACUUGACACCGUCAAAUUGUAAUUGUAUUAUAGAUUGUAAAGGUGAUGAUGAUGAUGAUGAUGGCAAUGGUGACUAUUACGUAACAAUCAAAGAUAAUAAUAAUAAUAAUAAUACAUUGAAUGAUUACAAUGAUAAUACUAAUAAAUUAUUCCAGAAAAAAUUCCCCCCAAAAUCUUCCUUAUAUAGUCCAUUAGAUAUAGAGAAUAAAAAUAGUUGCUAUGGUGAUAAGUCGACAACAACAACAACCAUAUUAUGUAAUAAAUUAAAUUAUAAUAAUUAUAAUGAUACCAUUUUAUUAAAUAAUAAUAAAUCCAAUACAAUAAUACAUAAUAUAGAUUCAUAUCAUUGUUUGAAUGGAAUAGAAUCAUUGAAUGAAAAGCAUAUUAAAUUAUAUAAUGAACAUAAUAAAUGUUUAAGUCCAUCAUUAUUUUCAUCGUCAUCGUCAUCAUCACAUUCAUCAUCACAUUCAGCACCUUCAUAUUUAACUGGUAAUCAUUCGACACCAACACCAAUCUCAUCAAUACCAUCGACAUCAUCGUCGACAUCGUCAUCAUCUACAUUGUCGUUAUCAUCAACAUCGACACCAUCAAUAAUAUCAACAAAAGUAUCUAAUUAUAAUUUAAAUGAUUUAAAUUCUAUAACAAUUAAUGAAAUAGAUUGUCAUCAAUUAUGUUUAGUAUGUGGUGAUAAUGCAGCAUGUCAACAUUAUGGUGUAAGAACAUGUGAAGGAUGUAAAGGUUUCUUUAAAAGGACAAUUCAAAAAAAUGCACAAUAUGUAUGUCUUCAAGCUAAAAAUUGUGUAGUCGAUAAACGUCGACGUAAUCGUUGUCAAUAUUGUCGAUUUCAAAAAUGUUUAAAAGUUGGAAUGGUUAAAGAAGUCGUUCGUCGUGACAGCCUUAAAGGUCGUCGUGGUCGAUUAUCAUCUAAAGCACGUUGUCAAUUAAAUGAACAUGGUGGAUUAGCCAAUUGUUACAGUGAUGGUAGUAUCAAUAAAAAUCUAUUACCUUUACAUAGUUUUCUUCAUAAACGAAAUAGUAUUUCACCAAACUAUACAUCUAUCAAUGGUAAACGUUACUCAGGUUCUAACAUACAAUUAAAUAAUUCAAACAGAACAAAUUCUUGUACUGUAAAUUCAACUGUUACACUUUUAUCAAUGUUAAGCAGAGCAUAUGAAAUGGUCGGACCAAGAAUUCAUCCUGUCAUAGUUAAUCAUGAUAAUAGUUUCAUUCAAAGUCAUGAAUGCUCCAAAAAACAUGAUGUAUCAAAUGGGGAAGUAGGGGAUUCUUUACAAAAUUCACCAGAUGAUACUAAAAAUGAGACGUCGAUACAUUGAAAUCUAUGAACGCAAGUAAAAGUAUUAAUGUUUUACAAUACAUUAUCCACCAAAUGUACUCUGUGACGAACAGGUUGUUACAGUGAACCUAUUCAAUAACCGGUAUUCUUGAAGAUAUCUGAAGUUGGAAAGUUGUACAGAUUCUGAUCUUGUUUUGUCUUUGUAAAAGAGACUUGUUGAAACACCUGAUGCUCAGAAUUUUAUAUUGUACCAAUGAUAUAAUCCUAAAUAAAACCAUUAAUAGUAGUAGUAAUAUCAUUCUUCUAAAACUUAUGUCUUCUUUUCUUGUAUUUCUCUUUUAUUUAUCAAAUUAGAUUGAUGAACAAUAUACAACGAAAUUUUGUUCAAUUCUAGAAGAAUCAAUGAAUGAAUUAAAACAUUAUGCUGAAUUAGUUCCAGGAUUUAUGAAUUUAUCAAUGAAUGAUCGUGAAAUUAUGUUAAAUUUACAUUUCUUGGAUUUAUUAAGUUUUCGUUUAGCAUGGAGAGUUGCUAUGGAAACAGAAGUAACUACCCAUUUAAAUUAUGCACCGACCUUAUUUAUCGAAAAUCAUUCCGAUAGUUGUACAAAAUUAAAUCAAAUCAUUCAUGACAAUACUUUAAUAGAUAAAACACAUGAAAUCUCUUCAUCUAUGAAGAUGACACCUUUAACAACAAUAACAACAAUGGUAACAACAACAUCCACCAUGACCAAAACAGACACAUCAUCUAAUUAUGAAAAUAUUUAUGCUUCAACUAUAAACAAUUGGAAUCCACAAAAUCAUUCAGAAAUUGAGUGUUAUAAAACAAACUACUUAUUAAAUAACAGUAGUAGUAAAAAUAAUCAGAAACAAAUAAAAUUCGUUUUUGAAAAUGGUAAAUCUAUGUCUUAUUAUGAAUUAUUAAAAUCUGGUUUUGGUAAUUGGGCUAAUCAAAUUCAACAACUUAGUAAUCAAUUAAAAUUAUUAAUACAAGAUGAUUAUAAUGCAAUUUGGGGUUUAGCUGCGUUAAUUCUAGUUAAUUAUAAAUCAAUCAAUUAUCUCACUCCAUUGACAAAUUCUAGUGAAGUCUAUUCAUUACAUCAUAGAUUUGUUGAAAUGUUAAAAAGUCAUUGUUGUUCAUCAACUCAACAUAUAAAUUUAACAACAAAUACACAAUCAUCCUUACUAGUUGAUUCAACUCAUACUACUAACAAUAUAAUUAGUAGUACUAAUAAUAAUUCAUCUAGAAAAAUCAAUAAACUUAUACCAAAUGAUCAUAUAACAUCCACUUCAUUAUUACGUAAUGAUUCAACUUAUUUCUCAAAAGUAUUUCAACAAAAAGAUGUAAUACAUGAAAUGACACGGGAAUAUUUAAUUCAACCAUUACAACGUUUAUAUGAAAUGGAUCCAAAUACAUAUAUAUGGUUAAAAGAUAUUAUAGAAAUAAUGAAAUUAUCAGACUAAAUAGAGAUACUACUAUUAUUACUACUACUAUUAUUAUUAUUAUUAUUAUUGAUGUAAAUUGGUUAUAUGCAUGAUCCAUAAAGAAAGAAUUGACAGGAUCCAGAUCAUUCUAUUUGAUCAAUAAUGAUCAUAUUCUACAAGAUGGAGCAAAAACAGAAAGAAAAAAUACAGAUAGUUACAAUUCACAAUUAUCUUCUUAUAGAUUAUUGAUUUCCCAC